AUGUCAGACCCAACGGAACAUGAAAGUGCGCCCUUGUUAGGUAGCAACAACGUUGGAUCAAAGUCUAGUAAGACCAAAAAAAACUCCAAAAGACGGAAGCGGAAGUCAGCUUUUAAAGGACCGGGGAACAGAGCUAGCCAUGAAGGGUCUCAGAUGGGUUCUCACGGCCACGUUGAGCAUGGUCUGUCGUCAGCAAACGAUUUCGAUAAGACAGACUCGUGGGGCAUUUUGCACGAGGGCACCGAUGAGGAAACGUCCAACACUAGAGGAUCAUCUGACGUCAAUCUCACGUCAAUGCAGCAUCCUCGGUCGUAUUUCGAUCACAGGCCAUCGAUUGCUGUUAUGGAGGCGAUCAAUUCGUCCGGUAGCGUCCGGAAACCCCGAAGAAUGAGCUCUUCUCGAGGAAAUCCCACCGGGUCUGUCAGUAGCACUUCGCAAAAUGUGUCAAACAAGAAAAACAACUCCGGUAAAUCAAGUGGACCUCUACUAUCAGCAGAAGAGGCAGAGCGUUGGGCCAAAAAAAAUGCUUCUAAGCACACUAAAAAACCAGAAGCUCAUCUGAGAGGAGACGACGUGGUUAUAGAUGUCGAUGCUUUGAUGGACCACGUGAUCCGGUCCAACCACAGCCAUUCUUCUAGUAAAUCGUCUUCCGUGAACCCUUCGGAGGACGGCUACCAUUCAAGACCAUCUUCGAGGCGCAGCUCCAAUGAUUCAUCCAUCAACGAUGUAUGUUUGCCAAUAGACGAUGAAGAUACGGCAGGAACUAAGGUGUGGCCCGACGUUGCGGUUUUAGAAGAGUACUCGAAGGAUGAAACGGAAAGGCUCAGGAGCCAGGCUGUACAGGACGCUGAGAACUUUCAUUUCCAGUAUGAUGACGAGGAUGAAGAUUUCGACGAUAGUCAAAAUAAUGAUGGUGUUUUGUUUUCCAAACCCAUUGUCACUAACAUAGAUGUGCCUGAGCUUGGGAAUACCAGGAUCAAUGAGGCAGAGCACAUGGAGUCAGGACGUUUGAGACCCAGAAAAAUUACGCCUUGGCAUUUGCGUCGCAAGGGUAACAAUAUACCUGGGUUUACGGGGCAAACUGAUGCCAAAAAUAUCAGUGUGGUUACGAAGAAAGAGGCAAAGCAUCAGGAAAAUUUUCUAGUUGGCAAUCGGAUACAGUAUCCACCCCAUAUUGUAUCCAACAACCCAGAACAUUUCAGGUUCACCUAUUUUAGGGAAGACCUAGACUCUACGAUCCAUUCCCCUACUAUCUCCGGCUUGCUACAACCGGGACAAAAAUUUGACGAGCUCUUCGUUGCUUCGGUUUAUUCAUCUGCUAGUAACGGCAAUAAUAAUGAAAACCUUGCUAAUACCAAUCCUGGUGUAACUCCUGCCGAAACAAAAAAUAGCACCCCACAACAACAACAACAACAAACACUUUUGCAACGCUUGUCUACGACGCAGUCGGGAAGUUUAGAUAUGUUCGAUUGUGAACCCUUUUGGCUUGACGUUUCAAAUCCCACGGAAGAGGAGAUGAAAGUUUUGAGUAAAGCAUUCGGAAUUCAUCCGUUAACAACAGAAGACAUUUUCCUUGGAGAAGUUCGUGAGAAAGUUGAACUUUUUAAGGACUACUACCUGGUGUGUUUCAGAAGUUUUGAUAUUGUCGCCGAACGCCAUACUCGUCACAAGAAAAUGCAUCAUGAAUCUAACGCCUAUAAUUCUUCGGACGCGGAUCACGAUGAGAGCUCCAAAGGGUGGCUGCCCAAGUUUUUCAGGUCUCGGAGGCGCUCUUCCACAAACAAAACCGUUUCUAGCUCAAAUUCAAGCUAUCGAAGUAAAGCGAGGAGGCAAAUGGAAGAGAAUGAAAAGUACAAGCGAAAGUCUGGCGAUAGAAGAAAACCGCGGGGCGGCGAGCUAGAGCCUUUGAAUGUUUAUAUCAUUGUAUUCCGCACCGGGGUUCUUACCUUCCAUUUCGCCCCAACCCCACAUCCAAUAAACGUAAGAAGAAGAGCAAGACUUUUGAAGGACUACCUGAAUGUGACCGCAGACUGGAUUGCGUACGCGCUCAUUGACGACAUCACCGACGCAUUUGCACCGAUGAUCGAAAUUAUUGAGGACGAAGUCCACGACAUUGAGGAAUCCAUCCUCAAAAUGCACCAGUCCGACGAUUCCUCCUCUGAUGACGAUGACUCUUUGGAUGAGAGUGAGGCUUAUGAUCGUAACUAUGCCAGCAUAGAGCGCUACCCGAGAAGAGGAAGUGCCGUGGGUGAAGGCGCCAGCCUUUCCACCAGGACCAGAUCUACUCGCUCGUCGAGCUCCAGCUCCAGCAUUGACACCAAUAUAAUUGGCUGGAAGCGGAAAGGAGACAUGUUAAGACGCAUUGGCGAGUGCAGAAAACGAGUCAUGAGUAUUGUGCGACUGUUGGGCUCCAAGGCCGACGUUAUCAAGGGAUUUUCGAAACGGUGCAACGAGCAAUGGGAUGUGGCGCCGCGUUCUGAGAUCGGCAUGUAUCUCGGCGAUAUCCAGGAUCACAUUGUGACCAUGGUUUCGUCCCUCAAUCACUACGAAAAGCUUUUGAGCCGCUCCCACUCGAAUUACUUGGCUCAGAUCAAUAUCGACAUGACAAAAGUUAACAAUGACAUGAACGAUGUUCUGGGCAAGAUCACUAUUCUGGGUACAGUUGUACUACCUAUGAACAUUAUCACAGGUUUGUGGGGUAUGAACGUUCUAGUUCCCGGCCAGGACAACCACUCACUUACUUGGUUCACCUGUAUCACCACAUCCAUGCUGAUAUUUGCCUACAUUGCAUACGUUUAUACCAAGAAGCGGUUUGGAUUCUGA